AUGGGACGUGGGAGACCUACUAGACAACACCCAGAAGCGGGUGGUGAUAGGGAACCUGAGGUCAAUCAAGACCAAGGGCAAGAGGGAAUGGCCGGAGAUCAAGUGGCCACCGCAAUUAAUCGGAUCACUGAUGUCUUAGAGCGCUUGACUGAACACCAAGCCUCUGGACAAGUGCAUCACCAAGGAGGCCUAGCCGAUACUGAGGAUCGGGCAUUAGAAAGAUUUCUGAAGUUCGGACCUCCUAAGUUUUAUGGAGGACCCGAACCGGAGAUAGCCGAAGGCUGGUGGAAGAGAAUCUCUGACAUUUUCGCAGCCUUAAACUAUGCGGAGGAGAGACAAGUGACUUUUACCGCAUUCCAGUUUGAGGGAGCUGCUCGUUCCUGGUGGAACCUGGAAGGAUUAGCUGCCGUACGGACAGACACCUUUGCCGAUGCUGUCGAGAGAGCCCAACGAGUUGAAGUAGCUAGAGCCCAAGUGAAAUCUUUUCAAGCUAAGAAAAGAUUUGCCCCUAGCAGUAGUCGGGAACCGACUUAUGGAAAUGCUCCACCGGCCAAAAUAGGUCGAGGAACAAGCGGAGUGAAUAGUCCUGGAGCACCACGAGGCGCCCUAGCGAGAGGAACUGGGGCAAGAAGUGCAGGGGGGAGAGAUAAUGGAGCUAGAGGGGGACCAAAUGGAAGAGGUCAACCUAGGAAUGCCUCACAAGGAGGUCGUGUGACCACUCCCCAAGAAAACUGUGGGUAUUGCAAGAGACCUGGCCAUACUGUGGAUGGUUGCUGGAGGAAACAAGGAAAGUGCUUGAAGUGUGGGAGCAGUGAGCACCAAAUUUCCGGUUGCCCAAAAAUGCAAGACGAUGGUACCCUGAAUGCUAGACCAACCAAUUCUGGAGAUAGCAGGCCGAAAGUCCCUGCCAGGGUGUACGCUAUAGAUGACCAACCUGUACCUGACUCCUCGGAAGUUGUGGAAGGUACUCUUCUAAUUUUUCAUCGAUUAGCUAGAGUAUUAAUUGACCGUGGUGCAACUAAACCAUUUGUGAAUCCAACUUUUAUGUCCAGAAUUGAUGUGAAACCUGUUAGAUUACCCUUCGAUCUUGAAGUUAGGACACCUAUGGGUAAUAAGAAUAUGAUCACUAGCUUAGCCUAUAAGAAUUGUGAAUUCUGGAUUGGAGAGCGUAAAAUGCUAGUGGAUCUAAUUAGCUUGGACAUAAAAGGUUAUGAUGUUAUUAUAGGAAUGGAUUUUCUAGCCCAUCAUCAUGCUAAGCUUGAUUGCAGAGCAAAAGUGUUAGAACUUCGGAUUCCCGGGGAAGCAACCCUGAAAUUAGAUGUGAAAGGUAGGUUAGCAUCGUCUGCUAUGAUCUCGGGAAUACGGGCGAGGAAAAUGUUACAUAAAGGAGCGCAAGGUUUCCUAGCCUUCCUGAUUAACGCUCCUAGUGACCAAGUGAAGUUAGAAGAUGUACCAGUGGUACGGGAAUUUCUGGACGUUUUUCCUGAAGAAUUAAAGACAUUACCGCCGGAGAGAGAAGUGGAGUUCAAGAUUGACUUGGUGCUGGGAACGGCUCCGAUUUCUAAGACUCCGUACCGAAUGGCUCCUGCAGAGUUAAAAGAGUUGAAAAUUCAACUGCAGCUGGAUUUGAGGCAAGGGUAUUACCAGUUGAAGAUUAAGAAGGAAGAUAUACCCAAGACUACUUUUAAUACAAGAUAUGGAUAUUUUGAGUUUACAGUCAUGCCAUUUGGAUUAACUAGUGCACCAGCUGCUUUCAUGGAUUUAAUGCAGAGAGUCUUUAAGAAGUAUCUAGAUCAGUUCGUAGUGGUUUUCAUCGAUGAUAUUUUGAUAUACUCUAAGACUCGAGAGGAACAUGUUAAGCACUUGGAGCUAGUUUUACAGAUACUAAGAGAGCAUAAGUUGUAUGCCAAAUUUAGUAAGUGCGAGUUUUGGCUGGAAGAGAUAUCUUUUCUAGGGCAUAAAGUUUCUGAAGAGGGAAUUGCCGUGGAUCCGGCAAAAGUUGAGGCCGUUAUGUUGUGGAAACAGCCAGAGACUCCAACAGAAGUUAGAAGCUUCUUGGGAUUAGCAGGUUACUAUAGGCGGUUCAUCAAGGAUUUUUCGAAGAUUGUUGGACCUAUGACCGAGCUAACCAAGAAAGGUAACAAGUUUAUCUGGACUCCAAAGUGCGAGUCGAGUUUUCGGGAGUUAAAGAAGCGAUUAACAUCCGCUCCUUUUUUGGUAUUACCUGAUGGAGGAGAAGGUUAUGUCGUAUACUCUGAUGCUUCUAGAGAAGGUCUAGGAUGUGUUUUGAUGCAAAAAGAUGAUGAUGCAGGUGUUCGAGAAGAAUUAAAAAAGCUAACAAUCAGCAAUCAAGGCACAGCUCCAUCAGAAAAUGAUUCAAAGGAAGAUCAAAAUCAAGACAGUCCUGCUAGAGAAGACAAUAACAGUGACAAUGCGAUUCCUAAUGAUCUUCCAAGAGCCUGGAAAUUUGUCCAAAAUCAUCCUAAGGAACUUAUCAUUGGGGAUCCAUCUGAAAAGGUCAGAACAUGUUCCUCCUCUAGACAAUUAAUAGAUAACUUUGCAUUGGUCUCACAUUUUGAGCCCAAAAAUGUUGUUGAUGCAUUGAAUGAUGAGAGCUGGAUUUUGGCCAUGGAAGAGGAGUUAAAUCAAUUUGAAAGAAAUAAGGUUUGGACAUUAGUUGCUAUACCACAAGAUCAUCCUAUUAUUGGCACUAAAUGGGUUUUUAGAAACAAAAUGAAUGACAAAGGGGGAGAAACAUGGAUGGAAUCAGGAUAUGAAUCUGAUCUAUAUGUGUGGGGGAGUCGAGAAUCUGAUCUAUAUGUGAGGGGGAGUCAAGUAAAUUUUUCUAUGGGGUAUGGAAAAUUUUCUGACGGGGAGUCACUGAAGGGAUAUGGAUAUCAUUCUGAGGGGGAGUUGUAA